AUGAAGGAAGUUUAUAAGGAGGACGCCCCUGGCAGAAGCACAAUUUACAAGUUGCAUGCAAAGUUCGCGUCGGGCGACUAUUCCAUCGAAAAUGAAGACCGUCCGGGACGCCUAAUGGAGUUGGGUUUGGACCUGCUGCGGAGCCAGGUGGAAGCCGAUCCGUAUCAAACUACUCGUGAACUGGCAGUCACUCUUGAGAUGAAUCAGUCCACAGUUGUUCGUGGAUUGAAGUCAAUCGGCAAGGUGCAAAAGCUCGGUCGAUAG